AUGGCGGCGGUUGACUGUUACCAGAAUCAAGCCCAAACCGAGGGCACCGGGCAACAGACACAAAACCAACAACAGCAGUCCCAACAACAACAGCAAUCUCAGCAGCAGCAGCAGCAACAACAACAGCAGCAAUCACAGUCGCAACAACAGCCGCAACAGCAACAAGCUACCGCCGGAAUUCCAGGCAAGGACGACGAACGCAAACUUUUCGUUGGCGGCCUAUCGCGUAACACUACCGAUAAAGAAUUGCGGGAUCAUUUUAGUAAAUUUGGAGAAAUUGAGAGCAUUUCCGUCAAAAUUGACCCCUACACUGGUAUUUCACGAGGUUUCGCGUUCAUGGUAUUCACCAAUCCUAAAACAAUCGACAAACUUUUGGCUUCUGGCGAGCAUUACAUUAAUAAGAGAAAGGUGGAUCCUAAACGGGUGAGUAAAAAGCCGCAACAUGGUAAAAUUUUCGUAGGCGGCCUUACCCCUGAAAUUACCGAUGAAGAUAUCAAAACAUACUUUGGACAAUAUGGUACAAUUGUCGAGUUACAAGCGCCAUUUGACAAGGUAAAAAAUCAGAGAAAAGGAUUCUGUUUCAUAACAUUUGACUCGAAGGAAGUAGUGUACAAGUUACUUAAAACACCCAAACAAACGAUAAAUGGGAAAGAAGUGGAUGUCAAGAAAGUAAAAGUUAAUCCAGAUCCAAGGAAUCAAGGAUUUUGGGGACCAGGCUUUGGUUAUGGAUAUGGAGGAGGCUAUGGUUACAUUCCCGAAUAUUGCAAUGGCUAUCAAGGAGGAUACGACGACAUGUAUGCAAAUUAUGAUUAUGCUGGUUACGAUGGGUAUGACAAUAUGGGAUAUGGGCCUCAAGGUAAGCCACGAGGAAAUGGUCAGGGACCACGACAAUUUCAGAGACAUCAACCCUAUUAAAGAUGAAUUUAUAAAUCCUGUAUACUCAAAAUUUGGUGAUAAGGCAAGAACAUAGUAAGGAGUAGACCAACUUUGUCUGAAUGCAGACUAAGACUGAGAUAGGGACAUUUGGGAUAAAAGAGCUUAUAGAGUCAUUGAGAGACUUACAUAAAAGCCCCAAAUUCCCUGAUCUUUGUACGUUGGGUCUGUAAAAUACUAGGUAGCUCUAUGUACAUUUACUAAAGAAAAGGAAAUGUAUUUUCAAUGUUUUACAAUUGGUAUAAUUUAACCAGUCAAAAGAAUCAUGUCUUUUUCUAUCUAUGCACAUUUUAUCAUUUACUACAUAGACAGACUACUGAAAUAGAUGUUCAAAUAUUUUUAUGAAAACCAAAUGCUUCAUACACGAAACUGUUUCUCUUACAUAGAAACCAUACAUAACUAAAAAUUAAAAUGAUUGAUUUACUCCUAUUUUCUUGUUAUUCAUGAUUCAUAAUACUAACAUGUAUAUCUUAUAAUUUAAUACUCUAAUUAUUCUUUAGUAUCUUAAGUUGCAUUACUAAAGUAUUGUUUAUUAUAUGCUUGGUGUUAAUCUUAUUAUAGUAGGAAACGUAACGCUGUGUCGUUUACAAUAGGACUUCAUGUCGAUAAACAGUUUCAGUUCAGAAAGCAUGUGUCAGUUAGAGAUAAUCAAUAGACAUAAAAUGAAACACCACUCAUGGACCAACGGUUCGUACUACUAAUUAAACGUACUUCUUCCUCAUAAAUUUAUAACCUAUACGUAUUAUCUAGUAUCAUCUAUGAUUGUUUGUACACUAAAGUAAGUUCUGUAACUUAUAUGAAUCGUAAGGUAUGAUAGGAAACGUACGUAUCUUCGUAUGUUUAUAUACAUAUAUAUAUAUAUAAAUAUAUA